AUGAUUCCGUGCUGAGGGGUUGUCAGCAGACGCCUGGUUGUGAGAGGGAGUGUUUUCCGCCCAGUUCACCCUGACUCCAUCCAGGGACAGGCCCAGCUCUGCACAGACCAGGCUCAGGCUCAGGCUCAGACUGCACGGUAAGGCUAGCUUCCCCUCUGACUGCAAACACUCCAACCUCCAGCUCUCAAGAUGUUGGGACUGUCUGUGUUUCAACGUUCUCAUGUCCUGAAAGCUCGGAGUCUUUUAUCUGCUGUCAGUGUUCGAGCAGCACAUGGACACGAGAUUGUUAAAAGUGAAGACCUCUCGAUGCCCAUGUACUGUGAUAGGAGGGAUACACCUCUCCCUGAUAUUCCUUACGUACGGAAGCUAAAUACAGAACAGACCGCCCUGAAGGAAAAGGAAAAAGGGUCUUGGAAAAACCUGACCAACGAAGAGAAGAUUGCAUUGUAUCGCAUUGCUUUUCAUCAAAGCUACCACGACAUGACUCAAUCGAGCAAUGAGUGGAAGACAGUGCUGGGUGGAGCCUUCCUCUUUAUAGGAUUUACAGGCCUGAUUGUGUGGUGGCAGAAGGCCUUUGUGUACCCUCCCAGGCCACACACCUUAACUGAGGAGUGGAAGGAAAAGCAGGCCAGAAGAAUGCUGGACAUGCAGAUAAACCCUGUUGAGGGAUUUGCCUCCAAGUGGGAUUAUGAGAAGAAUGAAUGGAAAAAGUGAAGUUGCUACUUAAGCAAGGGCAUGUAUUAUAACACAACCGGCAACUUUAAAUGGUUUAACCUCAUGUUAAUCUUAAACCUCUCCAGGGUCUCUGAUUAAUUGUGAAAUGACCACAAACAUUCAAGGUUGACAUCAGUCACACAUCUGAACAAAAUGCAAUUUAUAAUAAAGAUUGCUCUUACAACAAA